AUGGCGGAUUUGAACCUGCUGAGGGAGAUCGUUGGCCCCGAGCGUGUAUUGGAAGCUGGCACUGAUGCGUACUCAAAAGCUGUAUUCAUCGGAAACUUGAACUAUCGAAUGACCAUGCCGGCUGCUGUCGUGCAAGCAACUUCUGUUGAGAACAUACAAGCCACGAUUAGCUUUGCGAGACGGAACCAUGUCUGUCUGACUGUCAAGAACGGCGGCCACUCCUACAUGGGGUACUGCUUAAACGAAGGCGGAAUCGUCCUCGAUCUGAGCCCCAUGAAGGGAUGUUACGUCGACACCGGCAAUAUGAGAAUCAGUAUGGAAGGCGGCUUGACCUGGAAAGAGGUCUACUACAAGUACUUCGACGAUCCUCGGGAUAUCGUGAUCGGCGGGCAGUGUCCCACUGUAGGUGUGAGCGGAUUUACUCUCGGCGGUGGCCUGAGCCCGUUCUCUCGCAGCUAUGGUCUGGCUUGUGACAACCUACUCCAGAUGACGAUCGUCACUUACGAAGGAGAAGUUGUGACCGUAUCUCGCAACGAGAAAGAAGAGCGGAAGCGCGAGCUGUUCUGGGCUUUGGCAGGUGGUGGCGGUAGCAAUUUUGGAGUCACGGUGAAUAUGACCUGCGAAAUCCACAAGCUCAGAGACCCACAGGGCACUGUGGUUUGCGGCCAGCUCUCAUGGAAUCUGCCCCAGCAGAAGGAUGCUUUUGACAGCAUGAUGAACUGCUUCAACACUACGAAGUGUCCAGACGAGCUGACAAUCGACGCUCUCUGGACGCAUGGGCAGCAGAAGCAGCUUACUGGAGGCAUGACGGUCAUCUACAACGGCGGAGAGGCUGAAGCGCAAAAGGCACUGGCGCCACUUCUCGAAUUCAACCCUGCGACGACUACUUUGAAGCCGAUGAGAUGGACAGACUGGGUACAUCAGUCCGAGGGCUGGGAUCCAUUCAGCCAAGUGUACCAUCAUCACGCAUCGUUCAUCUUUGCAGAAGGGAGCAUCACGCCAGAGCUGAACUCCAAAAUAUCGAGCCUUGUCGCCGAAGCUGUCGAGCUGCUUGGUAUCACGGACAGCAACGGCCCGAACGACCCAAAAUGCCACAUCUUGUGGGAUCACAUCGGUGGUGCCACAACCCGCACCGCUUCUCAGGAAACCCCUUUUUACUGGCGUCAAGGCCAUUACGUCUCCACGAUCAAAGUCCAGUGGACGGACCCAGCGCAAGGCGAGAAGAUGAUGGACUUCACUGCCAAGUGCAAGACGGUGUUGCUGCCGCAUGCGAUCGAGCAGAAAGCUGCGUACCUUAACUACAUUGACGGGACAGUGCCAAACUGGCAGGAAGCCUACUACGGUCACAACUAUCCCCGUCUGCAGAAAGUCAAGACACAGUGGGAUCCAGAGGACUUUUUCUGGAACAUGCAGUCUAUCGAGCCUCUUCGCGAGAGCGGCAAAUCAACUCCAAUAAGCGAGGCGUUGCCUGUUCCUGCUCAAAUAGACAUCCUGGACUUGCCCACUGUGAAGAAGGUUGGGCAAUGGUGGGAAACGUACGCUCCAUUGGUUACGCCAGGUUUGCUGGGCUCUCCCGAGACCGAGGAAGAAGUCUUUAAGAGGGACGCCAAAAUACGCGGAAGUUUGCUACGCGGUGGCUCGAACUUGUGA